UUAUAAAUUUGGGAUUUUUACAUUUUCUAAGAAAGUAAAAAUUUGUUUUUUUUAAUUAAGAGUUUUUAUUUUUAUAGGGACCUAUUUACCGCCAUGAAUUCCAAGUAAACGUUCAAAAAAAUCCCAAAGGUCUUACCUUUGAAAAAAAUGUCAUUGACUCAUUUCUUCAAACACCUUACGUUAACCUCUCACUCCUCUUCAAAAACAUUAACCCAAAAGCCAACUAUUAAUUCCCACAAAGAUAUUGCUAAUAUGUUUUCUGAAGCUCUUACGUACUUUGCUGCAAGUUCAACUACCAUGGAUGAAGAUGACUAUGGUGACACUUCUAAUGAGAUAUGCACUGAGUCCAUGUUUCCUGAAUUUGAAAAUGUAUAUGUAUGCUAUUCGCAGUCUGCUGAUUCUGUAGGCUUGAAAGAGAUAUCAAGUUAUGAAGUAAAAACAGGUGAGCUAUGUGAAUGGAUAAAGAAAACUCAGGAAUCAUUUGAUCCUGUUGAAGUUACUGAAGCACUUUUGGUUGUUCAUGAGUGGAAGACUCCCCCACAGGUUUCUGUAGAAAUGAAAGUGAAAUGGAGUAUAUACCGAAGUUGCAAAGCAGGCCUGCUAGGAACAAGACAUACGGGGAGUGGAUUGCCUAUGUCUCAUUUCAGUUGCACCUGCAAAAUGUUCAAUAAGACAGUGGAUGGUGUCUCAACUGCUGAGAUUGCAUUUGAAAGAUCCACUGGGAAUGAGAGUAAAGUCUCUUAUUCUCAUAAAGCUGUCCAAUCUGCUCUAACUGAGGUGGACGUAUCAAGUGAGAGUGAGACUGAAGUCUCUUACUCUGAUUAUUGCUCUUCAAUCGUCCCUGAGUCAAUCUCCAACUCUGAAACUUACAAUGAGAGUUUUGGGACAUUUGAUGGAUGGUGUGUCCAAGAUUAAGGGAAGCUUAAUAUUUUAUAGACCAUAUGAUCUGUGAAGUCCA